GAUUUAAGUGAUAAAUAUUCUGUGAUAAUCUCAUUUAAUCUUAUAAAUUGCAUAUAUUCAUAUUUUAUAUUUUCCACCUAUUUAUUUUAUAUUUACCGACUUUCCAGACAGAAAUGUGGAAUGGGGGAGGAGGGAAUUGGAAUCCAGGAUUUCCUGGUAAUAUUCCAAACCUCAUGGGAAACAUGUUCAACCAGUUUCAGGGAAACCUCAACAACUUUCAACAAACUCAGCAGGGCUUUGCGAACCAUCAGCAGUUUAAUCAAUGGCAAACCGGAAACAAUUUGUUUCAACAAAGAUUUGGAGGUCCCAGACCUCCACUGUUGAACAGCACAGCUCCUCCAUUACCUUCUUCAAGACCAGGUCCACCCUUACCAAAAGGAUCGAACCCUCCUCUACCCAAAGGUGGGAAUCCUCCAUUGCCAAGGGCUGGAAAUCCUCCUCUACCCAAAGGAGUAAACCCUCCUCUUCCAAGAACACCGAACCCCCUUCCACCCAGUGCAUCUAACCCCCCUCUGCCUGGACAGAAACCACCACCUCCACCACCUAGCGAACCUAAACCCCCGCCACCCGCCGCUACUCAACCUCCUUUGUCAGGGAUGAGUAAUCCUCCUACUCCUAUUGGAACUCCUAGUUACAGUAAACCUCCUGUUUUAACGGAGACUAAACCCCCUCCUCCCCCUCCACCCUCAUCUGGAAACACAGGGAAUGCCAAAACUACCAAUGCCACGGAAAAUCGGCCGAAAGGUUUGAUGGAAAUACUUGUGGCACCUCCCCCACCCCCUCCACCUAACCAGGAGAAGAACAGUAGCUCUAACCAGAAUCAAGGAGGCAAAGAUGGAGGAUGGCAAAAAACAAAUCGUUGGGAUAAGCCAGCUGUAGAACAAGACAGUUUUAAAAACGAGUUUAACCAAUCAAAUCCACUGGGAGCAGGUCAAUGGCAAAACAGUCCUAUCAACGAGUUCAACCAAUCAAAUCCACCGGGAGCAGGUCAUUGGCAAAACAGUCCUAUCGGAAGGGGAAGAGGAAGAGGUAAUGGGAAUCUUGUGGGUGGAAGGGAUGAAUCUGCAUCUGCGAGAGGACGAGGAACUCCUUUCUUUGCUAGAGGUAGAAAUGACGCCUCCUUCAUGACUGGAGGGGGGGAUGCUCAUAAUUCAAUGGAAAAAGAAAGUUCAUUUCGUGGGGGAAGAGGUGAACCUCUGAUAAAUAGAGGAAGGGGAGGGGGAAGUAUUCCAUUUGGAAGAGGUAGAGGAAUUGCGCAAAAGUCUAUGGAAAGAGAUACUUCAUUUGAAAGAGAUGAUUCGUCAUUGAAGAAGGGUGAAGCUCCGGGUGCAAUAGGUAUAGGAAAGGCGCCAAAUUCGUUUGAAAGAAACUCUGUUUCCAGUAGAGGUAGAGGUGAAGUUCCAUUUGCAAGAGGACGAGGUAACGCUUCAAAUUCAAUGGAAAGAAAUAGUUCAGUCAAUAGAGGAAAAGGAGAGUCUUCGUUUGACAGGGGAAGAGAGGAAAUUCCAUUCGCAAGAGGAAGAGGAAAUCCGUCAAAUUAUAUGGAUCGGAACACUUCCUUCAGCAGAGGAAGAGGUGAAUCCUUUUCACGUGGGGGAAACUUUCAGAAUAAAGAUUUAAGUCAAGAGGGAAAUUUUGAUAUUAAUUUCCAGCAGGAGAAAUCAAAUGAAGAAUUUUAUAAUGAUGAAUUCAAUGAUGAUGAAGCAUUCAACGAUAGAUUUAACAGGAAUUACGAUGAUGAAGAAAAUUACAAUGAAGGUGAAGAUUAUUAUGAAGGUGGUGAAAAUCAAGGAGAAUAUUAUGACGAAGGGAAUGAAGACUACAAUACCUAUGAAGAUUAUGAGAAUUAUAAUGAAGAAGAUGAAUGGGGAGAUGAAGGAUACCAUCAGGACGUAGAUUCUAGUUACAACGACCAACCUGCGGACUGGUUUAAAGGUCAGAAAAGAGGGGAUGGACAAGGUUCUCUGAAAAACAUUCAAAGCAGUAAUCUUGGUAACCCUGGGCGAGGAGCUCAAGGUCCAGGUCGAGGUGGUUCUAGAGGUGGUUUUCCAAACCGGAAUAACAAGGAUGGUGAAUCUAAGGAAGAUUUUGUUCCUAAAAAGUCUAAUAGUCUGUCAGAUAAAGAAUGGAUUUGCUCUAAGUGCUCAAGGAAAAACUUUUUAAGAAACGACUGCUGGAAAUGCAAAACUUUAAGAGACGGCUCCUUGCCUCCUGUCGAACAGCCAAAGGCUGCUUUGGAAGAUAAGCCAAAGGCUGCUAUGGAAGAUAAGUCAAAGGCUGCAAUGGCAGAUAAGUCAAAGGCUGCAAUGGCAGAUAAGUCGAGAAACAAGGCGUUAAAACCUGGAGAUUGGAUUUGUCCAAAAUGUGAAAAUCACAACUUUGCCAGUCGAAAAGAGUGCUACAAGUGCAAAGAGAAGAAGUCUUUGUACCCCCCGGAGGCUGAGCAAGGAUGGGAUUGUUUUAAAUGUAGUAUGUACAAUGCACCUGGUCGGAAGAACUGUUCUAGGUGCCAAGCAUUGGCAAAAGUCAAAGGAGGAUGGGACUGCACAAGAUGCAAAAGUUACAAUUUUCCCAGUCGGAUCAACUGUAAGAAGUGCGGGAAGGCUCUGGAACCCUCUACGAACCCUGUCCAACCCGUCCUAAACGAUAACGACUCUAAGCGGCUGAAAGCUAUGGAGGAUAAGUAUAUCCAGGAGUCUGAUAACAAUAUGAAGUACUGGCUUGGAGGAAAGAAAACCAAUCUUUCUUCGGAUCAAAUCCCAGGAUUGGAAGAGGAAACAGAUCAUCCAGCUCCGGGAUCUUCAAAAGAUUCGAUUCAAAAAGGAGACACUGACAGUAAAAGCUUAGAAGUGUCUAAAAACAAAGAGAACAACGAGCUGAAAGCAUUUGACGAUAUGUUCUCGAAGUGGGAGGUUUCAUAUAAUAUUUGGAAAAGCCAAAAUAUCUCUAACCCGGACAGAAAAUAUGUUGACGACUACCAAAGGGUGAUGGAGGGAAUGCGAUGUAAGCUGUUGGAGAAGAGGAACAGCCUCGAGGUUGCCCACGCCAAGAGGAAGAAGAUGCUGGAGGCCUGGAACGAGGACAGUACACCAAAGAAAGUUGAGCCUGUAACAUUCCAGUCUGCUCCCCUGAACACCAGCAAGGAUGAUGCUGCUGAGAUUGCCAAGAAGAUUCUAAAUAACUCGGAGGAUUCGGACGAGGAAACUGCAGUUGAGAAUAAUAAACGACAGCAACAGCAACAACCAGACUAUUCUAGGGUGAAAAGAAGCAGAUGGGGAGAAUCUGAAAAUAAGAAUAUGCCAGGAAUCGGUGAAAUGAUGGACUUGGAUGAAGACAUGGAAGGGAAUACGAGAAAUCUAAUGAACAUGAGGGGCAAUAUGAACAACAUGAACAACAUGGGCAGUAUACAUAACAUGGACAAGAUAGGCAACAUGGGCAACAUGAACAACAUGGGCAACAUGGGCAACAUGAGCAACAUGAGCAACAUGGGCAACAUGGGCAACAUGGGCAACAUGGGCAACAUGGGCAACAUGGGCAACAUGAACAUGAGAGGAAACCUGAACAACAUGGAAACUUCGAAUUUGGGAAAUAUGGGUAACAUGGGAAAUAUGAGAGGUAUGGGCAUGAACAACAUGAACGAGAGUAGAAAUAUGAACAACACGGGUGGUAUGGCUAUGAACAACAUGAACAAUGCCUCUACUGCUAACUCUCUGCUUGCCCUUAGACGAAGGUUAACUGAGAAUGCACCAAGUCUGAUGGAGGGCCUAGGAGAGAUCGAACGAAUGGAUAAUUUACGAAAGUCUAGUUGGAUACGGCAGGGUCCAGGAUUAUCAGACAUUUUAAACUCCGAGGACAUGUUUGACAGUCCUGUUCCUGGUCGACCCAACCAAUACAAUCAGGACUCAAACAUUCGUGAAGAAGAUUUGUUUCAACGUAACUCGAGAAUAAGAGAUGAUGUGGGUUCCAGGGGAUCUAGUUAUAACUAUUCUUGGAACCCAACUGCAGUCAAGGAUUAUGCUUCAGAUGUUCCCGCUCCUCCCCCUAGUCUUAGGAAGGAAGAUUUUAAAUCUUUGGAGUUUAAACCUCAGACCUUUGACUGGGGGCAUAGGGAUGAACCUAAAGCUUGUUUUGAGUCCUCCAGUUCAGGCCGAGGGUCUCAAUACCAUGAACAAGAUUAUCAACAAGGAUAUGAAGGAGGUGGAUAUGGAACCGGAAACUCUGAAUACGGAACUGGGUACGAUACUGACUAUCCACCCGGUAAUAGAUACUCAGAAAGUGGAGCUGGAUAUCCAGCUGGUGGACCUGGAUAUUCAGAUAAUGGUCCCGGAUAUCCAAGCAGAGGCCCUGGUUAUUCCGAAAGCGGCCGUGGAUUUUCAUCCACAGGUGCUGGGUAUCCGGAUGCCGGACCUGGAUAUCCUUCUCGAGGAGGUGGAUAUCCUCCUAAUGGUCCCGGAUACAGAGGACCUGGUUCGAGUAUCAGCAACUAUUCAAAUGAAUGGGAAGCUCCGCCCCCAGCACCUGCUCCAGCUCCUCCUGCCGGCAAAAAGGUCCAUCUUGAUGACCUUGUAUCCCCCCCGGGUCGAUAUACCCGGCCCCCUAGGCUGGUCAUCAUACUCAGAGGACUACCUGGAGCUGGAAAAAGUCACGUGGCCAAGUUAGUUAAGGAUAAGGAAACGGAGGAAGGAGCUGACCCACCUCGUGUUAUGGCUCUGGAUGAUUACUUUAUGUCAGAUGGACAGUAUGAGUAUGACGAAGAUCUAGAGGACUCCUACAGGGAUUGUUUAGUUAAAAGCUUCAAGAAGAAUAUUGACGGUGGAUACUUCUCAUUCCUGAUAGUUGAUUGCAUCAAUCAUAAAGUUGAUCAUUUCAAGAAUAUGUGGAGUCAUGCCAAACAGAACGGAUUCGAGGUUUAUAUUUGUGAAGUAGAGGCCGACCUGGAGAAAUGUUUAGCAAACAAUAUACAUAAACGCACAGAAGAGGAGAUUAAACAGCUGAAGAAGACUUGGGAGAAAACUCCUUCUCAUAUGAACACUCUGGAUAUAAGUUCUGUACUGCAGGACGACGCUAUCGACAGUAUUGAGAUGGUUGAAGAAGUUCAGACCGUUGAUGUUAAAGAAGAAGUUGUAAAGAAUGAUGAUGAGGAAGAGGAGGAGGACACAGAAGAAACUAGUUUUCUAAAGACUAGUAAAUGGGAAAUAAUGGAUAGAGAAGAUAAACUCGCUCGGCUGGAUGGAACUGGAGAAAAGGUGAAGAAACGUCUAGAUCAGCAGCAUACAAGUAUAGAGGACUGGUUGGAGAUUGGAGACAACUAUUCUAAGAAAGACGACGGAAAGAAGAGGGUGAGGUGGGCGGAUUUGGAAAUGAGAAAGGAGCAAGCCAAGGUGAAAGAAUUUGGAUUUGUGCUUGGACGCAAGAUGUACGCAAACAAUGCUGAGGCGGAUGCAGAAGCUGCAAGCUUACUCACUAAUACAAAAAUUAUUCCAAACCGAUUUCAAUCGGAGUUCCACAAUCCAUGAUCAUUCAAUCAAUUGGAACUGUUCGAGAACCUAACUACAACUAUUUGACCCCUUAUAACUCAGCAUGAAAGAUUAUUUUCUCACAUUUAAACUAUAUUUUAACAAUCUGUUUUUAAAUGAGAACUGUAUAAAAUAUUAAUCUCAUAAGUCAAAUAAUGGUAUGAUGGAAAUCUUUUAGACAAUAAGAUUUUUUAAAAGUAUUAUGCCAAGUAAGAUCUAAGCAAGAUUGCUUUUUUAAUCUGUGGAGUUUGUAAUUUGUGAAUUUUAAUUAACGUAAAAAUUAGGUCAUAGGCUUUUUACAUUAUGCUUUAUCCAGACCAAAACUUUAAAUGAGUAUUGGUUGGAUACACCUUAAAAGUUUUUAUUCAAUGCUGCUUAAGAUUUACAGUCAAUUUAGAAUAAUUCAUUCAGUUCGAAAUCUCCUUAACUUGACCCUGUGCAUUUUUUACGUAUGUGUUGAAGAUGUGCAUAUACCCUAUUUGGAAUUAUAGUUUUUUAAUGUUGUCGUACAAAUAAAAAAUAAUUUUGUAAGCUA